AUAAAUAUGUAAGAGAUUGGUCUCUUAAAUUGUUAAGAGUUUUUAAGUUUGUUUGUGUAUUGACAAUGGGAAAGCUGCAUCAAGCUUAUACAAGCAUAUCAUGUGCACUAGCGAACAUGCUAACAGGCUUAUUAUACACAUGGCCAUCUUACACAUUGCAUCUGUAUACACGGAAAGAUACAACCCUCCUUUACGCCCCAAUGUCUGACCUAGAGAGCUCGUUGGUGGGUAGUUUACCCUCAUUGGGUGCAAUGUUUGGGACCGCAGUAGCAGGUUUUAUAAUGAGUACAUUUGGUAGACAGAAAAGUGGCCUAGUUCUAGCUGCACCACUUUUAAUAUCCUGGAUAAUGAUAGAUUUUACGAAAUCUUCUCUAGUAAUACUCAUAGCCAGGUUCAUCUCGGGAGCUGCUGGGGGUGCAUUUUUGAUUCAUUCGCCUAUUUAUAUCUCUGAGAUUGUCGAAGAGUCUAUACGCGGAGCUUUAGCUUCAGCACCGAUUGCCUGCUACUGUAUAGGUGCUCUCAUCUCCUACCUUAUGGGCUGGUUUUUAUCUUACCAGUAUAUAAUAUGGACCAACAUUGCUUUCUGCAUCCUGUACAUGGGUCUUAUGUUGAUGGUUAAAGAGAGUCCAGUAUUUCUGAUGAGACAGAAAAAUGAAGAGGAAGCUCUCUUAUCUAUAGCUCACUACAGAGGUGCACCGAUUUCUUCUAAAGUUGUUUUAGAAGAAUUUUCGAGAUUGAAACAGCAAAUAACGCCUGCCGUCGAAUUAAGAGCAGUUAACAAGGGCGAAAAAGAAGAAGAGGCUGAAAAGGAAAAGUUAAAUAAAGAUGUCGAAGAAAUAGAACCCCAAAGAAAGAUGUCAUCAUUGAAAAUGUUGUUUACAUCUCCAUCGUCACGACGAGGAUUUAUUGUUGUUGGAUUAUGUUUGUCUAUUCAAGUGAUGAUGGGCAUGGUAGCAGUGCAAGUAUACACCAAAGAAAUUUUCAGACAAGCUGCUCCAGACCUAUCUUCCCACUUUUGUUCAGUCAUGUUUGCUCUAGUGCUUCUAGCCGGAAGUCUGCUCAGUGCCUUGUUCUCUGAUAAGUUUGGAAGAAAAAUCCUCCUAAUAUCAUCAUCAAUUGCCGUUGGCCUCUGUCUGUCUGGCAUGGGCAUAUUGCUGCACACAAGUAUAGCUCCUCCAUGGGUGACAGCUGUGUUGAUUCUCUGUUACUGCUUCGCAUUCAUGUUUGGAGCCGGCAGUGUUCCUUAUGUGUUGGUUGCUGAGUGCUUCAUAUCAGAGGUUCAAAGUAUCGCUUCUAUGUUGCUCAUGGAAUGGGUUUGGCUACUUAACUUCGUGGUCGUCGCGAUUUUUCCCUUCAUGGUCAAAAUGUUCGGAAUUCAUGGCUCUUUCUAUAUCUUCGCCUGUUUUGCCGUGUCAGACCUCUUCGUGGCGUUGUUCAUCCUGCCUGAAACUAAGGGUCUCACCAAUGAACAGAUACAGGAAAGGUUUUUGAGGGCUCGAAGAAAGUGAAUCAGUGUUAUUGAGUUCAUGUUGUGAUAUUAAUUUAAAUAGGAUUAUAGAAUAAAUAUAUUUUACGU